AUGCCAUUUUCUACGGAUCGCAACAAGACCGAGCUUAAGCUCGUCGUCGCAGCGCCUCCGGGAUGGAAGUACGCCCCCGGCGACACUAUCAUCGGCGACUUGGUUCGCCCUGAGCCGAUCAUCACACCCGAAGCCACCGUUUCGCUAGCGCUGAUGAGUUCUAUAAGGACAAAUCUCGAAGAGAGUGCCAGCAGAAAAGCUAGCAGCAACAGUAACGGCAAUAGAAAUGACCACAAACUCAACGGCAACUAUCCCGCCGAAUGGCAUCUCCUAAACCCCAAACCGAUCACUCUCUUCUCUGGGCCCUUGCAUGUUCCCAAAAAUAGCGACGAGGCGGCUACUUGGCCGUUUUCUAUUCAGAUUCCCACAAAGCCUCAAGACUCGGUGAGAUUGGGACAUCGCCAGGAGUCCAGCUUUAUCCCACUAGACAGGAACCAUCCCGCGCACAAUAUCUUACCUGGCUCCUUUUCGACUGGAGGCGAGAGUAAAGAUGGUUUUUCUGAGUGCUGUAUCGAGUAUUACCUCGAAGCGAAAUUGCGAUAUACUCGCGGUAAUGCAUGGCAGAGCUUUACUACGACCCAUCCUAUCACCAUAAGGCACCAUGUACAGGAGACAAGCCUGCUGUAUAGUCUGCAGCAGCAGAUGAUGAAAAGCAAAAUCCGGACUCCACGGCUGAUUCCGGGUAUGGAGAAUGUGGACUUGUCCAUGAAACAGAAGAUGUUCAGGUUCUUCGGCUCGUCGAAGAUACCUGAGUUUUGCUGCAAACUCGAGCUCUCUUUUCCUCGCGCUAUCCAACUUGGUGGUCCAUUGCCUAUCCCCUUGAUACUGAAUAUCACACCUGAGGAUGAGAAAACCAGCGAGUCUAUCAGAGGAGUGUCGAGACAGGUCCGGAUCAACUGGAUCAAGAUGAUGAUCUGCAAUAAAAGCGCCGUGCUUGUGCCGAGCAGGUUAACAAGCGCCCACUACUCAAGUACUCACUGCCGCCAGGAGCAUUCGUCUACUACCAGCUUGAGAUUGGAAAGUAUUUUUGAAAAGCUAGAGUCUCCGUGCGUGAUCUCUACAGGGAAGGAUAGCCAACCUAUCAACUUUGGGCACAUGUUCCAGCUUGUUCUGCAUCCACACGGUUUGACUUAUGGGAAAGAAUUGAUCCAGCGGGUGCCGACGAUUUAUCCUGAUUUCACGACUUACGCCGUCAAGCAUAGCCAUAUGGUGACUUGGGCGGUUUGCCUGUCUGUGGCGGGAGAGAUGCAAACUGUGGAAACCAUUGCAGAAAUCAAAUUAGUAGCUGAUUCCUGA